AUGCACCUAUGGCCAUCCACGAAGCUGAGGGACUCUUUCAAGAUCAAUUACUUGAAGAAAUUGGAAUGGAAUCUCUACCGUAUGAACACUGAACAGCAGCAGCAGCAGCAAAACCAGUCUAAUGGCAAUAAGCAGCAGCUUUUGGAAAAUAACAAAACUGAUUCGGAAAAACCAGAACAUUUAAAGAUUGGUCAGAUUUGCGGAGAACUUGCGUUGAUGAUGAAUAAUGCUGCUGAAAAAACAUCGAGGAAGAGCACUAAUGGAGCUUUGAAAUGUGCAAAAGUAGAUGGUAAAGGAAUCAUCUGUUGA